UUCCCAUCUCUCAGGACCCAGGCUCUCAGAAGUUUUGCUUUAAUGGCGUGGAGCAGUGUCAGGGAGCACCAGACUGGGUGUUAGGAAAAGGCUAAUCAGUGGGCAUGGGCGUGGAACAGGGCAGUGGUCAUAUCCUCAGGCUGCUGGAUUCCAGGGAGCUUGAAGACAAUGCUCUGAUAUAGAGGGUUUGAAUUUUGGGUGGUGCUGCGGAAGGGCUGUCCAGGCACAGGGUGCAGAGCUGCAGGAGAGGCAGAGGGACUUUGGUGAGAGGGCUGGGGGACGGCUGCCUAAGUGGUGGCCACACAGUGGCCCAGGAGUUCAUCAGCCCAGAGGUGCCCCACGCACCAGGGAUGCAGUCCGGUUGCUCCCUGAUUUCAGCAGCAGCGCGGCUUUGGAGGAAAUCCCCCAAGUGAAAACAAAGGCUCUGUAAGUCAUUUCCUCUGUGCUGAACAGAAAGACAUCUGUGCCGAUCCAGCCAUUACGCAUAGGCACAGCAACACAAUACACUUCUUGGCGGCACAGACCCAGUUUGCUUUCCUCUGGGCUCGUACUUUAAAACAUUCAGAGACGCGCUUUAGCCAAACUUUUCCAGCUUUAUCUCUUAACAAAGUUUUGCAGAGAGUUUUUAUGGAUAAAGUUGUGAUAAAGGAAGGCAGCGAGGAAAAAGGCCUGGAUGACAACUCAGAAAGCAGUCAUUGAGGCUGGUGCCCGAGCUUUGGGGUGGUUACAAGCAACCACAUCAUCCAGCCUGGGCGUUCUAUACGGGCAUCACGCAGGACCAAAGCACGUGUCACGUUUUCAAGGCGCUCACCCAAAGCCGGGGAGGGACCUCUCGCCCUCUCUUUACAAUUCACCAUCUCCUCCUCGCUUGGUUUGUCUCCCCACGGAGCUCACACCACCGAGACGCCUCCGCACCACCCGCACCUGCGGCAGCGCCGUGCGCCUCCCCACCGACCACACUUCGCUCCGCCCCGCGCUCCCUCUGCCGGCGCCUUCCGCCUUACCCCGGACCGCCGGCCCACGGCCCCUUCCUCGGCGGAGCUCGGGAGCCGCAGCUCACAAUGGCUGAAACACGCUGACAUCCAAGAGUCUUCAUCGAGGGGAGUGGAGUAACGAGCCUCUAUGCUAGAGAUGCUCACUGUCUCACAGGACUGAGAGCCUGAGGGAAGAGGAAUGCACAAGAUGACAGCACUACCUCAGCUGUGUUGAUUUUCAGGAACUGAUAUUCAAUGGCUAGAAUCAGAGGUGACAAGUGGCUGAAAUGAAUAUGACUGCUAUUCUACAAGAGAUAUUGAUUAAAAGGUCGCAGCAGAAGAAGAGGACUUCUCCCUUAAACUACAAAGAGAGGCUUUUUGUACUUACAGAUUCUAUGUUAACUUAUUAUGAAGGUCGAGCAGAGAAAAAGUACAGAAAAGGAUUUGUGGAUAUUUCAAGGAUUAAAUGUGUGGAAGUUGUACAAAAUGAUGGUAUUAUUCCCUGUCAAAAUAAAUAUCCAUUUCAGGUUGUAUAUGAUGCUAAUACACUUUAUAUUUUUGCACCAAGUGCACAAAGCCGGGAUCAGUGGGUGAGGAAUCUGAAAGAAGGAAUAAAGAACAACAGCAAUAUAAUGAUAAAAUAUCAUCCUAAAUUCUGGACAGAAGGAAUUUAUCAGUGCUGCAGGCAGACAGAAAAAUUAGCACCUGGCUGUGAAAAAUACAAUCUCUUUGAAAAUAGUGUAGUAACGCUGCCUUUGCCAGUGCCAGAAAAAAGUAUGCGAAGGCCACCACCACCUGUUCCUCCAGCUGAGGAAAAUGACAACGAAGAGGAGGAGGUGGUGGUUGCAAUGUAUGACUUCCAGCCCACAGAACGUCAUGAUUUAAGGUUAGAUAAAGGUGAAGAAUAUACAGUAAUUGAGAAGAAUGACAUUCACUGGUGGAAGGCGAGAGACAAACAUGGGCAUGAAGGAUAUAUCCCAAGCAACUAUGUAACAGGAAAGAAGUCUAACAACCUUGAUCAAUAUGAGUGGUACAGCAGGAACCUGAACCGCAGCAAGGCAGAGCAGCUCCUUAGAAAUGAGGACAAAGAAGGUGGUUUUGUGGUGAGAGAUUCAAGUCAGCCUGGCUUGUAUACAGUUUCCCUUUAUACAAAAUUUGGAGGAGAAGGUUCAUCAGGAAUAAGACACUACCAUAUAAAAGAAACAGUGACAUCACCAAAGCAAUACUACCUUGCAGAAAAACACCUCUUUAACUCCAUCCCAGAAAUAAUUGAGUAUCACAGACAUAAUGCAGCAGGUCUUGUUACCAGGCUGCGUUACCCAGUGACCCCAAAGAAGACAACAGCACCAACAACUGCAGGAUUCAGCUAUGAGAAAUGGGAAAUUAAUCCAUCGGAGCUGACUUUCAUGAGAGAGCUGGGGAGUGGCCUGUUUGGAGUAGUGCGCCUAGGGAAAUGGAGAGCGCAGUACAAAGUGGCCAUCAAAGCCAUUCGGGAAGGCGCGAUGUAUGAAGAGGAUUUUAUUGAAGAAGCCAAAGUAAUGAUGAAACUAACGCAUCCUAAGUUAGUUCAGCUGUAUGGUGUGUGCACACAACAGAGACCCAUCUACAUUGUGACAGAGUUCAUGGAGCAUGGCUGCCUUCUGAAUUACCUAAGACAAAAACGCGGGGUUCUGAGUAAAGAUGUCCUGCUCACGAUGUGCCAAGAUGUCUGCGAGGGAAUGGAAUACCUGGAGAGGAACAGCUUUAUCCACAGAGACCUGGCUGCCAGGAACUGCUUGGUGAAUGAUUUGGGAGUGGUCAAAGUAUCUGAUUUUGGGAUGACAAGGUAUGUCCUUGAUGAUCAAUACACAAGUUCCUCAGGGGCUAAAUUUCCUGUGAAGUGGUGCCCACCAGAAGUUUUUAAUUACAGUCGAUUCAGCAGCAAGUCAGAUGUCUGGUCAUUCGGUGUUUUAAUGUGGGAAGUGUUUACAGAAGGAAAAAUGCCCUUUGAAAAAAGUUCCAACUAUGAUGUAGUAACUAUGGUUAGCCAAGGACAUCGUUUGUACCGCCCCAAACUGGCCUGCAAGCAGGUAUAUGAAGUCAUGAUGAUGUGCUGGCAGGAGAAACCAGAGGGGCGCCCAACGUUUGAAGACUUGCUCCAUAUAAUCAUUGACAUUGCAGAGGGUGAAGAUGCUUUCUGAGAAAGGCAAUAUCAGCGCAAGUACAGAGAAGAAACCACUUUCCAGAGAUGUCUUCACCAUUUCUUUUUAAAGGCUCGGUCCUGGAUGCUGCUAAACAGUGUUGGGAGCCCAUCAUGUUUGAUUCACGUCAAUACAAGGACAGUUUUACAUGAUUUUGUGAAAUAAGCAUGAUAUCUUCAGCAAUAAUAACAGCUUUUGUAUUUUCUCUGAAAAUUCAGCAUUGCAUAGCCAGAAAAUAGUGCUCUUUGUGGAGUACGAAAACAAACGACCCAAAUCUGGGAGCUCAUUUUGGAUGUUUCUGAAUUUCUCUUUAUACAGGUAGUAGUAGUGAUGUGCGUGCUUAAAAGUUGAACGUAUCUAUUUACUGACAUUCAAAUGGUUUCUAGGGAUUCUCCAGAAACACUAUGCUUCUCAGUUGAUGGAUGUUUUAUGACAUACCAGGAACACAGAUUUGCCUCUUUCAUUUGCAUGUAAUAAGCUGUUAACAGCACAGCCUUCAGUUUGGUGUAACACUCAAAAGUGUUGCUUCAGGACUGAGCCAUGAUGUGACCUGAGCCAUUUUAGGCUGUUCGGUCAACCAAAGACCUUCCAAUGUUAGCCAUGACAUCAGUCCAAGAUUCAGCUGGCUGUCAAUAUACCAUAGUACCUUGUUUUAGAUUAAUUAUAAAAUAAUUUAUAUGCUGUAGGUAUUGUAAAUAUAUACAUUUUAUGCAUUUAUUUAUAUAAGCUGUUUUCCCCUUGAUGUUUUCAAAUGCAAACUUGUCCUACCUGACUUACGUUCACAACUCUCAAUGUAUGAGGUUGUAAACGAGAGAAAAUGUGCUCAAAUGUGGUAAAGGAGGACUUAUUUUUGUCUGUCAUCUGUAUGUAUGUUGAUUUAAUCUUUCUUUUAACAGACAACAUUGUACUAAAUGUGUAUAUAAAUAAACUGAACGUUAACAUUAUUUGGAACAAUGUGUAAAGAGUUGCCACUAAUUUACUGUCAAGUCAGUGCGUCGUAAGCCAGUCUCAUUGUUCAUGUAUAUAAGGCAUUGUGAUUGGUCAUGUAUAUACAUACCUGCAUGUACACGUGCUCUCUAUUAAAUGUAUAUAUUUAACAUGGA